AUGGCCUCCCAUCGCACCGCUGCGUCUGUAUCAGAACAAUCUCUGGCGCCAUGGCCACCCGAAGCGCUUAUCGCUGAAGUCUACUCACUCGCAGAGGAGAAAGGGCUUUCCACAUGUUGGACGUCAGUUUUGUCGGCCAAGUUGAAGAUUCAGCUCCCGAAUGGCGAUUUCGACUUGAAAUCAUGCCUGCAGGUGGCUCCGAAAGAAGAUCUCAUCGCUUGUGUUACGGCUCUGCGUACCGAGUUGGAAGCCAGCACAUGUGUAAGGGCACAACGAAAGCCCUAUCGAAGGCGACUGUCGGGCACCAGACAAAGGACCAGUCAGGAGAAGCGCCAAGCUAGACAGAAAAGAAGCAAAACGCAGGUCAAAGUCACGACUCAAGAUGUGAGAGACCCGCCCGGAGUGCCCCAACCUAGGCAAAGUAUGGAUGUCGAGAUACAAAAGAUGGAAAAUCAGGAGACCAGAAUCGGCCAGAUUCAAGAAUUAUUGGCCGUACAACACAUGCAACAGCAGAAUUUCACUUCUUUGGAGGCUCAACUUGGCGAAAUGAAGAGCAAAACGGAAGCCUUCCAUCAGCAGCUACUGGGAGAGUUGAAGAUGGCCCAACUGACCAUCGAUUCGGCCACCACAGUGCAAACUGAUCCCACAAUACAAGCUUUGGCAGGAGGGGACUUUAUAAAUAUUCGUCACUGUAUGGAAGAGCAGGCACUUGACAUGCGUCGGAAUGACGAACAGCUCACGGAGGCCCGACGACUUAUCGAUGAACAUCGUGCCGAAAUCAGAUAUCUCAAAACUCAGCUCGACAAAAUUCAAGAAGAGAUCCAACGGGGAUGUGUGGAGAGACAGACGUCAAUUAUCUCUACCGAUGCUUUUUCAGAGGCGAACACAGACUGUGACAAAGCCACUGUAUUAACUUCCUCGGCUGAAUCGACACAGUUACAUGGAAGCUACCCUACGGAAACAACUCAAUCGUAUGGUAUUGUUGAAUCGAUUUCGUUUUCCACAUCACCAGCAGCAGGAAUACAUGCUGGUAUGUCUCAAACCUCCAAGUUGAUGGAAGACAACAUGGCUUCAUCGGAGCCGGGCGCUGUAAACGCCCAAUAUACGCCAAUGUUUGCGGAGACACAGCAAGUACAUGUGAGACUCUUGAGUGAUGUCAAAUUGGGAGACUAUUUCCACCACGCCAUCGACUCUGAUGCUGUGGCCGGCUUCCGCAUGCAUUGA